UGACACUCUUGAGUUCAGAAAUUAGAAUUAUUGCUUUGAACAAAUACUCCAUUAGGAAAAUAUGAAUAAAAAUAAAUAUUUAUUAAUGACUAAAGAUUAGGUAAAUAUGGAAGAAAAGUAACAAAAAAAUGCAGGAUAAUGGAAGACAUAGAAACAUUAUACUGGAAUCGGAUUUUAAAGAUUAUACGGCUUUUGAAUCUGCUUUACAAUUCUGCUCCACACCCACAGACUUCAAAGACCAAACGUUUUGUCUUGUCAAACAUGGCAAGAUAAUUUGGGGACCAUUACCAACACUAGCUCACGGUAUGGUGAAAAAGGUAAAGGAUGAAGGACUGAAUCAUGGAAAUACUGGCAUGGACGUUGCACUGGAAAUAUUCAGGAAAUCAAGGAGCCUGGUAUUUAUUCAGUUAUGUCUGGAUAUAUUCAUCAUCAAUAACUCGGACCUUCUUAGUCUACUCAAGUCAAAGGUAACAAGGCAAAUAUCAAACGGUGCCCUAUCAGUAAGGAGAGUGGAUAUCGAUAUAUUUAUUUCUUUGUUACAUUUUAUUGAACGACACGAUGCUGACGGUUGCCAGAACAACUCGGGAGAGAGAUCAUAUUCAAGCAGCAAGACGAGGAAUAAAAAUAAACCAGAAGCCGUAUGGGACCGCAUGAAUGAUGCUAAAAGCGUCAUGCCUAGACCAGAGCACCAUACAACAGCAGUAAAAGACUUUGAAAAUUCUACAACCAAAAUUGAAAAUGAGCAGACAAAUUUUGCCUACCCAUUGCACUCCCAAGAACAUAACAAACCCGAGAUAUCUCCAAGCCAAGACAGAACGCAAAGAAAUGAGCAAGAGAAACACCCAAUUCAAGCAACUGAAAUCGAUGCAGGACAGCUGUCGAUAGGAGCUUAUAGCUUCACAGACAGACAUAACGCACUUUCACAGCAGACGUAUGAACCUGAAAAUCAUACAGGAAAUGAAAGAAACUUUAUUGUUUCUGGAACCGGUCUUCAACGUCCAUCAAGAUACCAAGAAUAUGAUACCAAAGACAAACGACUUACAACAUUCAAUACACCGCUAUGGGUUACACACAAUAAACCGCAACCGGAUACACUUGCAGAAUGGGGAUUUUUCUUUGUUAAUAAGCAGGACUUGGUGAGGUGUUAUCAGUGUGGCAUUGGAUUGAAGGAUUGGACAGAGGAAGAUGAUGUUAUGACAGAACACGUGAAACACUCUUCAUCAUGUUUGUAUCUGUUAAAUAAACUCGGACAAGAAACGGUUGAUCAAAUCAAGACAGCUUUGGAUAACCCAAGUGCUUCAAAUGCCGUCCCACUUCCAUACAAAAUACGAUCUCCACGGUACCAAAAUAUGGCGGCUCGGAUUUCUUCUUUUGGGAAUUUCCCUGGACAUAUACAAGUAUCUCACCACCAAUUUGCAGUCGCUGGACUAUUCUAUACAGGUAAAGGUGACUUAUGUCGAUGUUUUACAUGUGACGGCGGCCUGAAGGACUGGAGCAGCGGAGAUGAUCCAGUCAAAGAGCAUGCUACCUACUUCCCUAACUGUCCUUACAUCAAUCAGUUGAAGGGAUCUCAGUAUGUAACAUCUAUGCAACGUUGCCCCCAUAAUCAGCACGAGAUGACAGGUGCAAGCAGCAGCAUGGCACAGGAAAGACAGGCCGAUCAGGAGCUUCAGAUACAAAAUCUUACAAUCCAAGAUUCUAGUUUCACUGUAAUGCAAGUCAUUCAAAAACUUGGAUAUGCUGAGGCAGAUGUUUUCACGGCUAAGACUGAAUUAGAAAGACAAGGUAAACUGAACCCAACAGCCGAAGAAAUCAUGAAUACUAUACUUGAUAUGCAGGAAAAAUCUACAAAUGCUGAAACUGCAGUCUCGCGACAAAAUAGCAAAGAAGAUUUAAAGGCAAUAUCAGAAGAAAACAGCAAAUUGUCUCAGAUGGUAUACUGCAUGCUGUGUGUCACAGGAGAGGCAGAUAUCCUGUUUCUACCAUGCUCGCACCAUCGUAUAUGUCACAAAUGUUCUGUUGGCAUAACCGAUUGCCCCGUAUGUGGUAGAUUUAUACAGGAAAAAGUAAAGACGUUUAGGUCGUGAUUUGGAUGUAUCUUUACACCAUAUUAUAAACAUAUUAUAUUAUUUACUUAAAAUAAACGCACACAGAAAUAUAAAUAAAGAAUUACACCAAUCGA